UGGGCUUAUGAGCAACACAAUCCUAUUGAGUCGGAGGCUGUUCUAAUUAGAGACACCUUAGAAACAAGCCAUGGUUUCAGUUCCAGCCACAUCACUAAAGACGUCAGAAGUAAUGUUAUAUCAGAUCUAAGCAGAAAGCAAGCUAGUUUUGCAGAAGAACCAAGCCUGGAAAUAUUUGAUGAAAGCGAGCCACCUAUCACACCACUGCGAACAGGAAAUAUUUCAUUAAAUGGACAUACACAGAGUGGCUCCCACCUGCGAUCUGUAUUAAAGAAAACGCCAAUGAAACAAGUAGUGGAUAUCACGAAGGAAUACUUGAACGAUGCAGUUGACAGAGGAGGAGGUGAAUCUCUCACAGUCUCCAGUUGUGCACAGAUCUUUGAAGCAUUGCAAACAGAGAAAUCUGAAAAACAUAGCUCUGAAAAGCCAAAGAAGAAAAGAGUUACUUUUGGAGAAGCUCUAAGCCCAGAAAUAUUUGAUGAAACUUUGCCUGCAAAUACGCCAUUGCGCAAAGGAGCAACACCAGUCCGAUCACAAAGUAAUAGCCCUUUUGCAAGGUUAAGUCUCACUGAAGAACCAGUAUGCCAGCUGAACUUUGAUUGCAAUGAUGAAUGUGUUGAGCCUCUUCAAGAAUUAGCAGAGGGUUCUGUUGCUGCACAAGGCCUCCUACCUGUUGAAAAUGCAGAAGCAGAAACUGACAAAUCUGAUAUGAUAACAGCUCGUUCUUCUACUAAAAGGAAGUGUAGCACCAUUUCAGAGGGGACUGAUUUUAGCAUCUCAAGAGCCACAAAUACUAAGAAUGCUAAAGACACUAAAAAUCCAAGAAAGAACAAGUUUCAAAAACAAGAGAAUAUAACCACAUCUGCUGCCAAAAAGACACAAAAAACAAAACGUACAGGCUAUGGGAAAAGAAGAAAGAAAAAAGUAAAAAAAUCUUUAUAUGGGGAAAGAGAGAUGGCUUCUAAGAAACCUCUUCUCAGCCCUAUCCCUGAAAUUCCAGAGGCUUUCUCUUUUGCCUCAUCUCCAAACUCACCAGAGGCAAAUGCAUUUUUUUCAGCAGGUGUAUUUUUAGGUAAUGCCAAACCCAGGAAUGCUCGCAAGGAUGUUCAACAGAAGCCAGUGGCUGAAAGAAUGAGAGCAGAAGACACCUGUGCAGUUCAUACAUAUUCAAGCCCGAAGGACCUGGGCAUUGUAGCAGCCAGCAGCUCCAGCAAUACAGUGUUUCAGGUGGCAGAUGGUGACCUGAAGUCUGUUCCUGGCAGCGAUCGUAAGUUUUCAAAUAUUGUGCCAGAUGCAAAGUGUGUGUUUGAUACAUCUGACUGUUUCCAGCAAGAUAAAGAGACUGCAUGUAUAAAAGAAGCAAAAGAAAGUCGUUCCUUGAUAGAAAAUGAGAAAUUACAAGGAAAUCUCCUAAAUGAGACAGAGCGACUAACCGGGCUAGAAUUUCUGGAACAACAGGAUGCUACUGUAUGUGAGGGUGCCCAAAGAACUCAGUGUCCAGAGAAAGAUUCUGUAAGAGGUAGUCCGCCAAGAAGAAAAAGAAGUAGUGCAAUCUAUUUUCCUCCUGUUGAAAAAUUGGAAAUAACUGGAAACAAUCUUCCAGUUCCUUUUUUAAAUGUGGAAGAAGUCUUAUCUGCUCCUCAGCUAAAAAAUGACUCCUUAGAGCCUUCUAGAAGAAAGAGCAGUAACAGUGGUGAAAGAAGAGUGAGGCGAAGCAUGAGAUUACAUAAAGAUGCAGAAAUUGAAGGACUUGCAUGGGUUCAAGUACCCAGUGAGAUUCAAAAGAGCCCUCCCAGGCUAGCUUCUGCUUGCAAAAUCAGGAGAACAAUAAGCACAUCCAUCCUUAAAGAAUCUGAGAAUAUUCACCAUAGAGAACAAAAUCUCAUCCAGUUUUCAGCACCAGGGAAGGAGAACACUGGCUCUGUUGAUCUUGCUGGUGGUCCUUGCAAAAGAUGGAGGAGGAAAAGCAUGUGCGUAUACACACCUCAAGAAACAAGAACUAGGCCUCGGACCUGGAAAAGCAGCAUAACAAAUUCUGUAUACAGGAAGGACAGAAGUAACCAAAACCACUCUGAAGAAGCAGAAAUACCUCUUGAAAAUAACUCUGACAUUUAG